AUGUCGAAUAGGAAGGUGAUUAGUGAAGAUUUCGCUGCUCAGCACGCCUUAGAGAUGGAGAAAUUGCGAAUCGCCAUUGAAGCUCAAGCUGUUGAAAGGAAGGUGGUGAAGAAAGAGAAGCCUGUGGCGAAAGCUAGUUCGAAUACUGCUUCUAAGCCAACUACCUCUUCGAGCCAGGGAGCUCCUUCUGCCAAGGAUGCUGCUCCAGAAAAAACAAAGAAGAGUAGUGGCAAGCCUCCUUUAACGCCAAAGAAAAGAAAAUUCCCAACUGAAAGUGCAACCCUUGUCGAAGAAGAUGAAGAAGAAACUUCUCCAACUCCACUUGAGAAGAAACAGAAAAAGAAUAAGGCAACAGUUGCCUCUUACCAAACAACCAAUCAACAAGGUGUCGAAAUCAAGAUUUUCCCUCCUCCUUCAAAGGAAACUCAAUCUCAGCCCUCUGGUGGCGCAGUGCUGGAGCACAUUGGGAGUAAUGCUUCCGACCCUGAGGCUCAACAGGAAAAACCUACUACUCCCCUCAUCUCUACUGCCAAUCAGAGUGAUCCUUCGAGCGAUAUGAAUCCAUCUCCUCCUUCGACAAUCAGCAGUGUUGUUCAAAACAAAGGAUCUUCGACUGGAGCACAAAAUCUCGAAGCAGAUAAUGUCCAGAACGAACAAGAAACCUCUUCUCCUAGCGAAGAUGAUUACGCUGACGAAGAUGAUCAGGAUUCUGAUGAGAUUGAGGGGUACUUUCUCCAAGAUGAAGACAUGAGUGAGGGAGAAGCCGAUCCUGAAGGAAAUCAAACUGGAACUGAUGAUGCUACUGUCGAAACAGUCCCAGAUCCAACUAAUGUUCGAUCAUCCACAAUCCAGACUUCGCCUAUAUCACUUACUGAGGAGGAGAAAAAUUCUUUGAAACAAAAUGAUCCCCUCAAGGAAGUGCAUGUUAAAGCAAAGCUUCAAUCAACUGAACAAGCUCAAGCUACUGAGUUUGAUAACGCCCUUCGAACUUCAAAAGCCUCUGAGGAGUUAGCCGCUUCCAGAAAAUCAGCCCAAGCAGAAUUCGACACCUAUAAUGCUUCGAUACAACUCUGGGAAUCUCACAUUGCAGAAUUGCAGAAGAAGAUGUCUGAUGCUAAGGCGAAGCAGGCUGCCAUCCAAGGCUUGGAUAGUACUGAAGCUGAUAAUCUAGCGAAGUAG